AUGUCGACGAACAACGAUGAUGGCAAGCGGGAGGAAAUAAAAGAUCUCUGUUUCCAUUCAAAGUUUGAUACCAAAAUUUACUGCGGCCCUGAUCUUAUUUAUAUUUAUAAUCAAGCGCAUGUACAAUAUAUGAAUAAAUCGCAACAUCCAUCUGCAUUUGGAAGACCAUUUAGUGAAAGUUAUCCUGAGCAUUUUGAUUAUGUUAAGACAACAUAUGAAAAGUAA